AUGUUUGUCAUAGGUGCUCUCAGGCGUGUCACUCAAGGAAAAGGACGUACUCGAGGUGAGCUGUGGUCGAGCGAUAUCUCUCCAAGUGUUAUUGCCCUUUGUCGAAAAAAUCAUUCAAAAGUACCUGGGCUGUCAUUUGUUGAAUUUGACGCAACGAAACAUUUCCCAUUUCCAAAUGAAUCUUUUGACAUAGUUUUGUGUAUAGAAGCAACACAUCUUUAUGGUGGUCCACAAAUGAUUGAUCGAUUCGUACAUGAAGUCGCUCGUGUACUUCGUCCCGAUGGAUUAUUUUUGUGGUGUGACAUCUGCUAUUAUGAUGGUUCAAAAAGAUCGAUUGAUUAUCUGACAGCGAGUGGCGAAUUGCUCAGCCAAGAUAAGGUUGAUAUUACAAGUUAUGUCCUCCAUUCGCUCGAUAUUACUAGCAAGUUUCAUGAAGAAGUAAUCAAGCGUAUCAUUCCAUCCGAGCAGCAGGAAGCUUAUCGUGUCUGGGCUGGAUUACCUGGUACUAUAAUGUACGAGAAUAUGUGUGAAGGACGCAUGGACUAUUGGCGCGCUGUAUUCCGUAAGAAGGCAAAAGCAGCCGAACCGGCCACUAAUUGA